AUGGCAGAUCCACCCCACCGACGUUCCGGACGGCUCUCAAGCAAGAAGAAGAAGUCAGGAGAACAGCCUGAGACUACUGCGAAACGCCGGGCAAGCGACGCGUUCCAAGAUGAGGACAAUACGCUUGACGAUGAGUAUCAGCAGAGUGAGGCCGAGGAGAAAGCGGGCAGCGACCACAACGGCAACCCUUCGAAGCGCAAAAAGACGGUCAUGAAACAGCGGCCUUUCAAACGUGGUCCAGACCGAAAAAUGCAGACUUUCCUAUCGCCCGGGUCAAGCUCACAGGCGGUCAAAGGAGAAAGCGAGACGCUUCCCGAAGGCCUCCGCAGAUCUAAGUCAAGCGAAGAAGUCUACUCAGAUGAACGCACACUUCUUCUCCAGCGGUUCAAGACUCUGUUGUCCAACGUCAAACUGAAAGUACACCGGAAACCUACUCCUGCUGCUACGGCCAUCAACCACAGCAUUCACAACUUCUUCAACAUGCCUGUGAGAGAAGGACGCACUUUCGUACCCGUGGUUGAGCGGGCCAAGGGUAGACCUGUCAGGGUUGGGGCGGGCAAGCCUAAGAAGACUCUGAAGCCGUGGGUAUUCGCUGCAGAACGAACAGCAUCAGACGGCACAAUCGAACGCCGAUACUUCGGACUUUGGAUUGCUUCAGCCUUGACCCAGACCACAGCCGACCUCGUGUGCACCGAUCUGACGAAGGCCCUCAAUGGAUGGCCAGGGACUAUCGACGCCAUCACAUCAGACAGUGAACCAGUGUUGGGAGCGUCACAUAUUUGGGGGCUAAUUCGAGCAUCUCUUGCACGCCAUGACCGCACAUACUUGCGGAGUCCCAACUAUGCGCAUAAGAGGGACAAAUCGUCGUUCUAUCUCAACCCGAUACUCGUUGAUCCCAUUACGUUCAUGCCGAGUAUGCAGUGGGAAUACACCAUCUCCCCACUUUCCAUCGCUAUCACUACCGAUGAUACGUCAACAUUCAUUCCCAAGGGAUUUGGUUUCGUCAAGUACGAAGGCGGAGGAACGAAGGGUCGCGUGUUCGACUACGACUGCUAUUCGUACAAGCUCUCAGCCGACGGCCAAGAAGAACUACACGAUAGUGGGCUUCCAGCCGAGCUGUUCAACGAAGGUGAGGAUCGCGAUCAUGUGGAGAAGAUCGAGAAGCUUGCUCGUGGGCUUCUGGCAGCUACCUUCAUGAUGGUAGCAACGCCAGACCAGUUCAGAUUAUUUGCCGAAAAUUGGAUCAAGGAGAGAGCCAACAAGAAGAUACUCAAAGCGGUUUUGGUCUACGGCGGCAAUAGCCUGGUAACUCUCGAUCGCCAAUUCCUGUCUUGGAGUAUCGUACCUUCGGAUCAACUUCGAAAAGACUUGAUACCUGGCUGUUACCUACCAGCUGUAGUCGUGAACUCCCGCGACCGUGCUCGAGUGGUGCCAGUCCUUGAAGCCUUGAACAAUACGUACAUCAGCACUGCUUCUGUUACAGAUGCAUGGAUACAGGCUGUGAUCCAAGCUGAUAUGGUAAACGAAGCGAUACGACACGGCGAACCGUCGCUAUCCACGUGUUAUUGCGAUGAAUUCACGGAUUCUGAGAUCAUCCACUGCUGCGGAGACUGCGGUCGUUCCUUUCGAUGCGGACAUCUCACCAUGGCUGCACAUGGUCUACGAAUUUGUAAAGUAUGCACAAUCGAGCGGGCCACAAAGCCGUUCGACCCUGCAUACUGGAUCCGCCAUCGUUUUCGAAUCAUCAUCGCUCGUGCCGAAGCCAGCGGUAGCGAAGACAAGGAAAACGAAGGCUUGGCCAUUCAGUACCUUCGUGCAAGUAUCGAAGGCUUUGAAUGGAAAGACAGCUAUUGUGAUCAGAUGCGCACACUUCUUCCAGAGCGCAAUCGCCAUUUUGCCCCUUCUGUCGAUGCAGCUUUUCCAUUCGGCCGCGGGACUGAUAUGACUCUCAUACAUUCUGCCGAUAAUGUUGUUCUUACGACUUUCGCUCUGAAUAUGAUGAAACACACGCAUAUCCCAGGUUUUCUGGAAGAGUUGGCAAGGUAUCUCAAGAACACCGAUAAGAUUGCGGAAUCCAGCGAGCUUGGUCAGCCUGGAAAAGACAAAGCACUGAAAGAGGAGAGAAUGAAGAUGAUCGCUUUGUGUACCGAGUUCACCCUAGUACGGUUGUUGUUUCCUAUCUCGAAGAAGGGCCGGUCAGGGCUGAGCAACUCUCGUGUGGAGUCGAUGCGGUUAAGUUGUCAGAGCGGCAAACUCAAGCAUGGGCUCAACACAUCAGCUGGUGCGCGCCUAGCGUCAAAGACAGAGUUGCCGAAAGUUUUGCAGUUUGGAACCACACGUCUCAAUUGGGCCAGCGAUGUCCUUGCUCGAAUGAAGGUGCUCAUCGACGAAAUCCAGGCUGAGUUUGGAUGCCAACUAGACAAAUCUACUCAAGAUCGUUGGGUUUGGGUCGGUGAACCAGGUAGCAUGCCUGCCGGAUGGAACAGCGAUGUCGCCUUCAGAUUCGCAACAGAUCGUCUCAAGAUGAUGACGUCGGCAUGCAACAGAUACUUCGAAACGAUCGAGGACCCGGAAACAAUCUUUAUCGAGAUUGUAUUCAUCGCCUGCGUCAUUCACUGUAAGAUCAAAGAGGAGGACGAGUGGAAGGGGAAGACCUACUCAUUUUCCGAUUUCCAAAAGCUCAAGUCGCGCUAUGCUGAGUUCCUUGGACUUCCCAUGGUUCUCCGACCUCGCUCCCCGUUGCGUAUGUCUAUAGGACAUAUAGAACAUGGCAGGCAGAUGCUCAGCGGAUGGACUCAAGGUCCUACCUCUCUCAAAGACCGGAACGAUGCAGCCCAGAACAUGGUAGCUCAAACCUGGGCCUCCAACAUGUUGCUGUUUGACUUUGACUCGGAGUGCUACGAAGCAUUGAAGCAGAUGGUCCGCGAGAUCAAAGUGCCAACUGAGUACUACGAUCCUACCAUAUCACGAACUCGCCUUACCAAUGCCACGAUCGAUGAUAUGUAUCUUGACGACUCCGAAGACACCACCGAUACCCUGGAGAAUCCAGAGACUUGCGACGAUUUUGCGAUGUUUGGCAAUAUCGGAGAAGAAGACGACGAGGAUGUGGACGACGAGGGUGUGGGUGCUGUGACAGGAGCGACUCCCUCCAACGCAAUGCAACAAAAGUACGAGAUGUAUGCGGGACUCUAUGAGCAACAUGCCGAGGAGAUAGGAAAGAAGGGAGCGCACUGCUUGGAACAGAUGGGGGAAGCGAUGCAGUCCAACGACAGGAGGCAGUUCGAAAAGUUCGAAGAGAUGUUCAAGAAGGAGCUACCGGAUGAUGAAUCUUUGUGA